AUGGUCCGGGGGUCCCGGAGAGCUCGGGGGUCUCCAGUGCUCCUGUUGCUGCUGCUCCUGUGGCCGGCGCUAGGUGUUGGGUUACUCCAAGGAAACAGCUCUGGAAAGUCAGUUACCCUUCAUUGGGUCCUGGAUGGACAACCCAGGCGCACAGUCACCAUAGAGGAGCUGGUCUCAAACCCAGACUCAGGACUGGUGGCCUUGGAGGCUGAAGGCCAGGAGCUCCUACUUGAGCUGGAGAAGAACCAUAGGCUGCUGGCCCCAGGAUACACAGAAACCCACUAUGGCCCAGAUGGGCAGCCAGUGGUGUUGGUCCCCAGCCACACGGAUCACUGCCACUACUGUGGGAAUGUGAGGGGCUUCCCUAGCUCCUGGGUAGUUCUCAGUACCUGCUCUGGGAUGAGUGGCCUUAUAGUGCUCAGCAGCAAUGCCAGCUACUAUCUGCACCCCCGGGUACCUGUGGACUCCAAGGACUUCUCAACCCACAUGAUAUUCCUGACGGAACAGCUACUCACCUGGAAAGGGGGCUGUGGCCAUAGGGACCCUGGGGACAAAGGAGGCAUGGCCAGCCUUCCUCGUGCUCUGCAGAGCAGGGGCAGGCGAGAACCCCGCAGGAGCCAGAGGUACCUGGAGCUGUACCUAGUAGCUGACCAUACCCUGUUCUUGACCCAGCACCAGGACCUGAACCGCACCAAACAUCGUCUCCUGGAGGUCGCCAGCUAUGUCGACCAGAUUCUCAGGACUCUGGACAUUCAGGUGGUACUGAGUGGCCUGGAAGUGUGGACCGAGCGGGAUCUUUGUAGCAUCACACCUGACGCGAACGCCACACUCUGGGCCUUCCUACAGUGGCGCCGGGGGUUGUGGGCGCGGCGGCCACACGACUCGGCGCAGCUGCUCACGGGCUGCGCCUUCGGGGGCGCCACCGUGGGCCUUGCGCCGGUCGAGGGUAUGUGCCGCGCGGAGAGCUCUGGAGGUGUGAGCACGGACCACUCGGAGCUCGCCAUUGGCGCUGCAGCUACCGUGGCCCACGAGAUAGGCCACAGCCUCGGCCUUAGCCACGACCCCGACGGCUGCUGCGUGGAGGCCAAGGCCGAGCAGGGCGGCUGCGUGAUGGCGGCGGCCACUGGGCACCCGUUCCCACGCGUGUUCAGCGCCUGCAGCCGCCGCCAGCUGCGCGCCUUCUUCCGCAAGGGGGGUGGCGCGUGCCUCUCCGACGCUCCGGAGCCCGGGGUGCUGGCGCCGCCGGCGCGCUGCGGGAACGGCUUCGUGGAGGCGGGCGAGGAGUGCGACUGCGCCCCGGGCCAGGAUUGCCAGGACCUCUGCUGCUUCACUCACAAUUGCUCCCUGCGCGUGGGGGCCCAGUGCGCCCACGGAGACUGCUGCGCGCACUGCCUGCUGAAGCCAGCGGGCGAGCUGUGCCGCCAGGCUGCGGGCGAAUGUGACCUUCCUGAGUUCUGCACGGGCUCCUCCCCCACCUGUCCCCCGGACCUUUAUCUACUGGAUGGCUCGCCCUGUGCCAAGGGCCGCGGCUACUGCUGGGAUGGAGCGUGUCCCACGCUUGAGCAGCAGUGCCAGCAGCUCUGGGGGCCUGGCUCCCGUCCAGCCCCAGAGGCCUGUUUCCAGAUGGUGAACUCCGUGGGAGACGCUCAUGGGAGCUGUGGCCAGGACAGCGAGGGCAACUUCUUGCCUUGUGCACAGAGGGAUGCUCAGUGUGGGAAGCUGCAGUGCCAGGGUGGGGAGCUGAGCCCUCUUGCACCGCACACGGUGCCGGUGGAUUCCACCAUUCACCUAGAUGGCAGUGAGGUGACCUGCCAGGGAGUCUUUGCUCUUCCCGGUGCCCAGCUGGACCUGCUUAACUUGGGCCUGGUAGAGCCAGGUACCCAGUGUGGACCUAGCAUGGUGUGCCAGGACAGGCGGUGCCAGAACACUACCUCGCAGGAGCUGCAGCACUGCCUGGCUGCCUGCCACAACCAUGGGGUUUGUAAUAGCAAUCAUAACUGCCACUGUGCUCCAGGUUGGGCUCCACCCUUCUGUGACAAGCCAGGCUUUGGUGGCAGUGUGGACAGCAGCCCUACGCAAUCUGAAAGCCAUGACACUUUUCUGCUGGCCAUGCUCCUUAGUUCCCUGCUGCCUCUGCUCCUUGGGGUCGGCCUGGCCUGGUGCUACUACCGGCUCCCAGGAGUCCAUCUCUGGCGAUGCCCCUGGGGCUGGAGGAGGCACCCCACAUGCACUGGGUAG